CUUAUAUGUGUGGAAAAUUGAUCGAUUUACUUUACGAGCUUCAUCGUGAAGAGAGAAAAAGAUAAAAUAUAGAAAAAAUUGAAAUCACAAAAGAGGAACGUUUAUGUGUCAAAAUUGCAGGUCUUUGUCGUGGUCUUGGCCAUGGACCGUUCUCUUAUUUCUUUGAAAAAGUGUACAUGAAAAAGUUUUGUCGUGAAAGUACUGACAAUGAGUGGAAACACGCGACGGCGUCAGUAGAACUAUUUGAUCAUAUGCUCAAGUCAAAUCGUGAACUUAAGGACAGUUUUGCAAAGGAAAACCUUGAUGAGGAUCAUAUAAAAUUCAUUAAAGAUCUCAUCAAAGGUAAAGACCCUAACAAAGAAGAAGAAAAGGUAGAAAGGAUAUGUCCAUUUACAGGUCAACCAAAAUGGUUUCUUUAUGAAAUCGUGUCAAACAAACGAAAUCAUAUCGACUGCAAAAAAUUUGAUUACAUUGCCCGUGACUGCGCUAAUGUUGGAGUGAAAAGUAAUUUUGACCACAGACGCUACUUUGAAAAUGUUCGCAUCAUGUCUUUUAAAGGCCAACUUCAGAUCUGCGUACGUGACAAAGAGGUGUUUAACUUGUACGAGUUGUUCCACACACGUUGGUCCCUCUAUCACAGAGUUUAUCAACACAAAACUAAGGCACCAAUAGAAGAUUUGCUAGCUAGGGCGUUUUACAAAGUCGAUAAAAUCAUGAAAAUCUCAGAAGCUGUGAACUAUAUGAAACGAUACACCGUUCUGACAGACAGCAUUCUGUAUGGCAUCUUACGAAAUGAGAGCCGGAAGCGAGCUGUCGGAAAAGCGCAGGAUUUGAUAAGAUACAUACAAGAACGGAAGAUUUACAAAUUCUGUGGUCAGACUGAUUUACCGUCGAGCUUCACCUGCCCAAAAGAGGAUGAAAUCGUCCAAAAGUUGAUUGAUCUAUCAGAAAGAAAAUUGACAAAGAACGACAUAUUUGUUUCUAUAGUGGAAUUCGACUUUGCGAUGAAAGAUAAAAAUCCAGUUGAUGCUGUCAGGUUUUUCGAUAAAUCCCGCAGGGAAACGUUUGCGAUAAAAAGAGAAGAAGUUAGUAAAAUGUUGCCACAAAAUUUCCAUGAAACAUAUAUCAGAGUUUACGCAAAAAACCAGGAACAAAAUGAAGAACAGAUUCAAUUGAUUAAUGAAAUAAUUGAAAAAUGGUGCGACAAUAAUGAAUUUCCAAAACCAUAUGUUCCUAAAGCCUUAUGAACGAUUUUAUGCCACAUCUUUCUGUUCUAAAAACACACUUGAUAGUUUCUUAUAACUUAAACAACAUAUCGUAAAUUCAAAACACCAAUGAUUAUAGACACUUUAAAUGCCCAAGUCGGACAGUAAAUAUGGAAAAGUAAAAAAAUAGCUGGAGUGUAAAAGAUGGAAGAAUGGAAACAAAGGAAUGAAUAAAUAUUGAUAAUUAUAUUAUAAUCUAUGCUAAAAAUACUUUAUGUUAGAGCAGCACAAAACUGAAUCAAAAUAAAAUGAGAAGUAUUAUAAUAAACUUCCAACUUUCAA